ACCAAGCUAUUUUAAAGACUGAAAUGACCAAGUGUGGUCAUCUAUGUAUAGAUGGACUUGGGUUUAACCAAAUUUAGAAUCGUCGUUACAGUACAAAAGUUGUAAUACAACAUGUAACUUAAAUUUCCCACAUUUAACAGUGGUACUGCUGUUUCAGUGAACCUUAACAUUUCCGUGAAUUGUGACUCGACAAACGGUAUGACUGUGGCGGUGGACGUAAAUAACAUCCAGUCUCGUCUUGGUCCAAUGACUUUGACCUUGGAUGACAUCAACUGUGUUCCUGACCAAUACCUUGGCGGCAACGUAAUAUUCCAUGUGCCCCUUGCCACUCAAAUGUGUGGAACCCGCAGACUGGAAACCAGGGAUACGUUCAUCUACAGAAACGCCCUCGUACUCCGUCCGUACAGUAACUCCCUCAUCAACCGCGAGCUGCACCACAGGUACACGGUGGAGUGUGUGCUGCCGAGAUAUGGUGACGUAGGAGAGGAAUUCGUCGCUGAGGGUACAGUGUAUGGCAACCGAGCGUAUGUCGCUAAUGGCAAUUUCACCCUGAGAAUGGACCUGUACCAUUCCGAUUACUUCACCUCCCCCGUGACCAGUUAUCCCCACGUGGUCAGACUUAACCAGGACAUGUAUGUGGAGGUGGCUUUACUGACACUGGACGUUAAUCUUAAGGUGGUCCUACAGAACUGCGUGGCGACGCCGAAGGCUACGAAGGGUUAUCCACAAUACGCCCUCAUUAGCAACAAAUGCCCAGACGACCCUACGGUACGCUUCUAUCCCUCUAACGACACGCAUGCGCAGUUCGCUGUCAAGGCCUUUGAGUUCUUCAACGAUCCAGAGGUGUACCUCCAUUGUGACGUCAUCGUGUGUAACGCCACUGACCGGGACAGUAGGUGUCUGCGGCCCAGUGAAGGGUACGCCUGUCCACAAAAUGGCGGCAGGGGGAAGAGAGCGGUACCUGGUGACGUAGAGGUGUACAGCCUGGUGCAGGGACCCGUGUUCGUCCAGAAAGAGAACCCCGUAGCAGAGUUUGCCGUAAAAGACGAAAGGAAGAAUCAGGAGGACAGCGAAGAAGUUGCCCAGGCACCGGCCUCGACUACACUUGGAGCCGGCGUCAUGGCUGUCAGCGCAUGCGUUGUUGUCAUAGCAGCAGUGAUCGUAAUGCGCAAGCGCAGAUCAUCCAAUGCUGAUUACAUUCCAGUGAGAACCGAUGAAAUUUGAAAUUCAUUGCAUUAGUUGUGCUACGUUGUCACUGGCUUUGUAAACGUAAAUAUAUAUUUCAUUUUGAAAAGGUUUAUAUCCACCGAUAGAAUGAAAAACACUUGAAAUUAAUAGCUUGAUGGACCAUAAACCUGCUUUUUAAUUGAAAGAAAACACAGUGAUUUGAACACCCAAACUUAAUCGCAAUUGGAUUAUGAUUUUGUAUACGUAUGUGACAUUGCACAAAACAGAUAUCACAGUAGGUCCUAAUAUCAACAUUUUAUGUUUGUAAUUUCUGUACACAGAGUGAUUUGCAAUCGGGUAACAAUAAGAAUUAGAGACUAAAAUGUAUGUUUGCCAGUGGCUUCAAGAGUAGAAAAGAGUGUGAUUGUAGUUGCUUGCUCGGGAAAACACAAAUUAUUGUAGCAUUUAUUCUAAUGCGUUAAACUUUUCAAUCUAGAUUUCAAAAAUUUCGGAUAGUAUUUUUUUUAUUUCCUUUGCAUUAUUAUUAUUAUUAUUAUUAUUAUUAUUAUUAUUAUUAUUAUUAUUCUGGCUAGUAAUCAAUUAUGAUAGAGUAUACUUCCAGUCUAUA